AUGCUGCCUUACCUGUUCCCUGAGCUGUCCACCUUUGCUACAGUCGCCGAUCUCAUCACCCACCUUCGCACUAGUGACACUCGCCUGCGUGCCGCCCUUCCCACCGAGUUCUGCGCUAAGAACCCCCCUCCACUGUACUGGACACUCCACUUCAUAGUCACCCGUCUCCCUGACACCCUCAGCUCAGUGCGCGACUAUUUCCUUGCUCGCUGUCCCACUGAGCUCACUGUCGCCCUCCUAGAGGAGAAGCUGCUAGCAGCCGAGAAGAGCAUUGUAGCUGUCGGUGCUGCUCGCGGCGCUCCUCGCACCCCCAUCUUUGAGGGGUGCUCUCCCUCUCCCCUCGCUCCCUCCUACGCUACUGCUGCUGCUGUUGACUUCCUUGGUGCUGAGGUGGCGGGGGUGGCGCUGGGGGGGGAGGGGGUGGGGGAGGUGGGGGGGGAGGCGGUGCUGGAGGGAGCGGUGGCGGGAGUGCUGGUGGGAGUGGGGUCGGCAGCGGAGGCGGGGGCGGCGGAGGGAGCGGUGGCGGUGGUGGCAGCAGCGGUGGCAGUGGCGGCGGUGGCGGUAGCGGCGGGUGGCGGUGGCGGCGAUGGCAGUCGGAGCGGAGGUAGUGGCGGCGGUGGAGGUCGGAGUGGAGGCACCGGCUCGGGCCAGAGCUCCCAGCAGCAGCAGCGUCCCCAGACGACCCAGCAGCUUCGUGAGUGGCUUGCUCAGCGUGGGACGUCGGGGGGCAGUGGCCGCUGUUCCUAUGUCAUUCGCACAGGUGAUCGCAAGGGGCAGAAGUGUGGGAAGUUCCACACCCAGUACCGCUGCUUCUCCCGCCUUGACGACGCUUGGCGUGAGGAGAUGGGCGAGGAUGUUGAGCGCCCCCGCUGGGCUGAUCUGAUGAGGGCUGGUGUUGAUAUCUUUGCUCUUGACUAUGAUGCUAUUAUUGCUGCCAUGUAUGCAUUGACUGUUAGUGCCGAGGGAGACUGUUACUUGUGUGUGCCGCCUGACCCAGGUAUAGAGCCCGCUGCCCUAGGUACUAGUGAGUCUGCUCUCUCUGGUACUGUGCCCUCUGUGGCUGCUCCCUCCCGUACUGUCCCUGCUGCUAGUGAGUCUGCUCUCUCAGGUACAGCACCCACAGAGACUGCUCUCUCAGGUGCUGCACUUGCUGAGGCCUUGCACACCUUCACUCUUGACUCAGGUGCUUCCCGCUGUUUCUUUCGAGACAGUACUGAGCUCACUCCGCUCCCUGCACCGGUCCCAGUCUCCCUGGCUGACCCCUCGGGGAGCCCGAUCCUUGCACGGUCCACCACUGUGCUCCCGUGUCCGGCGGUUCCGUCUGGCUCGUUGUCGGGUUUCCACCUCCCCUUGUUCUCGACGAACCUGGUGAGCAACGCUGUCAUCCAGGAUCAGUGGGUUGACACCUUUACCCCUGGAGGACAGCGUGUGGCGAUCCUCACGUGCUCCAGGACCGGCCGUCACCUGGCUACGUUUACCCGUCAGCCGGGGUCGAGUCUCUACACACUGACCACUGUGUCUCCUCAGGUCGCUGCUGUCGGUCAGGUGUCCGCGUCAGGUCUGGUAGCCCACGCCUGUGAGUGUCGUUCCCUGUCACACCAGACUCUUCUCUGGCACCACCGCCUGGGUCACCCCUCCUUGCCACGCCUCCGUGGCAUGCACCGUCGCCACCUUGUGUCUGGUCUUCCCAGGUCCCUCCCUCCCCUCCCUGCCUCGCCUGCGCCGCCUUGCCUUCCUUGCGUCGAGGGGCGGCAGCGCGCCGCUCCUCACUCCUCGUUCCCCCUGACAGAGGCUCCUCUGCAGACCCUCCACCUGGACGUGUGGGGCCCAGCCCGCGUUCGUGGCCAGGGCGGUGAGCGGUACUUUUUGCUGGUUGUCGACGACUACUCGCGUUACACCACGGUCUUCCCCUUGCGCACCAAGGGUGAGGUCCCUGCUGUUCUGAUCCCUUGGAUCCGCACAGUUCGUCUCCAGCUCCGCCGCCGUUUCCGGACAGAUCUUCCUGUCCUGCGUCUGCACUCUGACAGAGGUGGUGAGUUCUCCUCCGACCUCUUGAGGACCUUCUGUCAGGCGGAGGGCAUUGAGCAGACCUUCACGCUUCCGGACUCCCCGAAGCAGAAUGGGGUUGCUGAGCGCCGCAUUGGCCUGGUCAUGGAGGUCGCUCGUACCUCCUUGGUCCAUGCGGCGGCUCCCCAUUUUCUGUGGCCGUUUGCGGUCCGGUACGUCGCGCAUCAGCUCAACCUCUGGCCCCGUGUCUCCUUGCCGGAGACCUCGCCCGCACUGCGUUGGACGGGGGAGGUUGGCGAUGCGUCGAGCUUCUGGGUGUGGGGUGCUCGUGCCCUUGUCCGCGAUACGUCCGCGGACAAGCUCUCCUCCCGCACGCUUCCCUGUGUCUUCCUUGGCUUUGUCCCUGAUGCGCCUGGCUGGCAGUUUUACCACCCCACCUCGCGCCGGGUCUUCGCCUCUCAGGACGUCACCUUUGACGAGUCGGUCCCUUUUUACCGUCUCUUCCCCUACCGCACUGCCCCCCUCCCUCCCUCGCCGCUUUUCCUCGUGUCACCUACACAAAUAUAA